CUAGUGUUGUUGCUAGGGCCGGGGCCGGCGUGCCGCAGUUCGCGCGGCUGAAGCCAAGAGCGGGAACGACAGCAGGGCGGGGUUAAACGGGAAGUUCUGCCUCACCCUCACACUCAGCGGCCUUGCCGUACAGCUCCCGAGAGGCUCCGGCGGGGGCAGGGCCAAGUUCGUCUGGGACCUGGCUCACGCCUCGCAGCCUUUCAACCAGUUUCCUCCUGAUCCUUGCUGGGGCAACAUAAUUGGGACGCGGUUCUCGAAAGAUACUGUGAAGGCAUAGUUGCAACAUUACCCGUUGACUUUCUCCUAUGGAAGACAGUGACAUAGGUCUUUAGUAACACCACCACCUCCAAUUUGGUUCCCCAACUCACAUUGAUGCCUAAGGCCCAGCUGAUUUCUCUUCAUUUCUGCAAACUUACUGUACCAUGGCAGGCCAGCAAAAGUGUCAAAAGAUCUGCAGAGCUGGCCCCAGGGAAAUGCAAGAACCUCCGAAAAGUAUUGAAGAAUUCUUAAAGUUUCAAAAUUGGGAUUACUGGCCAAAGGAAAUCCAUUUUAGAGAUGAUGAUCAAUGGUCAUACACUCUGAAAAAAAUAAAAGAAGAUAGUUCAUUUGUUUCCAUUUAUACACAUCUAUGGGAAAAUGUUCCUCGAAUAUUUGAGGCAGUUUUGAUCAUGGAAUCACAAUUAAAGGAAUGUUCACUUCUUUUGCAAAACCACAGCUCGAAAAUAUUUACAUGGAAAAGCAUGAUUUCUGAAACAAGUUCUUAUAGAAAAUUGGAAAGAUAUGGGAAGUUCCUAAAGAAGUACCAUAAGAAAAAAAAGAUAAUGCUUUCAAAUGACAUGGAGACAGAGAAGAAUAUAGAGGGUUGCAACUUCACAGGAUUCAAAGCAAAUGAACUUACUCAGCUACCUAGACAUUUGGAUGCCAGAGAAAUGUAUCUUUUUAUUUUAAAAGCCCAUAAUUUUGAUGAAAAGGUUUUUAAAAUAUGGAAGACUCAUUUUCUCUCAGAAGCCUCCAUUGCUCUUUUGCAUGACUCCUUUUGGUGGUGGUUUCUCCAUAAAUUUAAGCCUGAUAGAGAAAACCAAGAUUGCUUAUUUGACAGAAUUUCAGAAAGUUAUGUGACACUUUUCAUGAGCAUACCUCUAGGUCGAAAGGAUGCAUUCCUUCAGAUAUAUCCUGAUUGUUUGGCACAAGCCAUAUAUGCAACAUUCCAUGAAGCAUUUCCAGAAUCUAGUUACCGCUUUAAUGAUGAAUUUAAAGAAGAUCUAGGAAAUAACAUUUUUCUUUGGUGUUCAGGUUUAAAACCUCAAAAAGGCUUUUGGACCCACUGGAAACUGAAAGAACUCUCCAAAACCACCAUUCAUGGUAGCAAAAAAGCACCUACUAAAUCAGUAAAAAAGAGAAUUGCAGGCAGUCGAGAAAAUAUAUCAACCACUAUCGACUUCAAUAUUAUAAAGAUUUUAAACAGCCCAAGAGCAUUUACAUUGCCUACACCCAAGGAAGAAUCAGGAUUAUUGAGACUAGCAACAAAGUCCCACUAUAUUAGUACUGGUCCAGAGUUUAAUCGUGUUCUCUUCAAUUUGGGAGGUCAGAGUCCAUUGAUUAUAUAUUAUCUUAAAAUGCAUGAGCUGGCUGGUAUUUCCAAAGCCCCUAAGCAAACCAAGAUUAAACUCACUGAGAUAUUCCGGGAACCACUACCUGCUCCAACAUACCGUGACGUUAUAAAGGACGCAAAAAGACAAUUUGCAAGGAACCGAAAGGAUUUUAGGAUGGAAAAGCAUAGAAUUAAUGAAGAAAUAAAAUGUCUAAAACGUCAGCAGGAAAGAAUUGACAAGGAGCUUGAUAGACUCCAAGCAAAGGCUACCAAGAAACCUGAUGAAGUUAAACAUGACUUUGAGAAGUUCCUACAUAAACUGCGUUCUGAAGCUAAAACAGAGAGAGGAUGUGUGGCAUCACUGUUAUCAUCAUCAUCAUCAUCAUCAUCAUCAACAGAAAACUACAACUCUGAGGAAGAACACUAAGAGAAACCAGAAAUGAACUCUACUCAAGAAUAAUGCAUACAAUUCAAUGGUAUCAGUUUAAUUGUAGCAAUAUAUUUAAUUCAAGUCCAAUCCAUGAAAUCAGUAUUGUGUGUUUUACCAUUCAUCUUUAAAAAUCUUCAAAUCAGUAUAUUCUUAAAAGAUCUGUCCUCUUGGCUCUUAAUAGCAAAACCGUAUUUUAAGAUGGCAAAAUAACCAUUAUGAAGCAUAGAGAGCUUUCAACCAUUUCUUUGGAAAUACAUCUUGAUAAUAGGAACCAUUCAUCAUAAUACAAAACAGAAAGAAGAUUAAUUUACUGUGGCAUAGAAAGUCCUGCCAAUUCCUAAGCACCCUAAAUAGUUUCUCUGAGAUUUUUACAUUUUUCAGGCCUCAAGAAAAACCAAAGCCCCGCCUCCAGGUUUGGUAGCAAAUAAACUCUGUUUCUCUGGUGCUAAGCUUCCAUCACUCCUCUGGUAAUAAGCUUUGUGCACAUUUGCUAGGAAGCUGAUCAGCUUGUCCGCAGGUACUAUUGACACUGUGCAGCCUCCCCAUCCUGCUCCAGUAAGUCGUGACCCUUCAGCCCCAAACUUCCUAAAGCAAUGAGAAAAAAAAUAUUAGAACCUAUAAAUAUUAGAACCCAUAAAUGAAAAUACAAGUGAUUUGCUUGGUUUCUAUAGAACACAUAGCCUACCUAAGUUACAUGAAGAAAAUAUAUGAGAGGUUUUUAGGUGUCAUCAAACAUUUCAGGACAUUAACACAUUUAGACUGUUUCAGAGCAUGAUCUGGAAUUUUUUGAUUGUAUCUAAAUCUAGUCCCUGGUUUUGACUCCAAGUAGUAAAAGCCAACAGUACUCCUCCCAUUUCAUGACUGGCAACAACCCACUGUAAUACUGAUUCCAUAAAGUAGCCACUUGAAGAGUUGUAUAGCAAGCCUACAGGUAAAUCAGGAAGGAGCGAUUAAAAUAAAACAGGCAAUGGUAAAAGAAAUGUAGGUAACUCUGAAUCAGAAGGUCACUCCAAAUGAGGGCAAAUAGAAAUGUAAAGGGCACAGUCGUAUACAAGUUUUCACCACUGGCUAUUUCAGCUGUAUUCUUAAGGCUGGGCUAUUUCAGAAAGAAGAAUCAGUCCCCUAGAACAGACAGCCUCAUUCACUGAAUAAACUUAGCAAUAAAAAGCUUAUUAUUAAACUCCAGGUUGAGUGGGUGGUUGGUUGAAUCUCUAAUGGAAAAUUAAGCAAAUCUUUCCACAAAGAGGAUGGCAGUCCAUACCACCUUCUCUGUGCCUUCUGGAGCUGGUCUGAUUACUGAACUCAAAAUUUGACAUUAGAUGAGAUGUAUCUGAUUAGGAUGGCAACAACUAUAUAAAGGACCAUACAGCAAGAGGUAAUUUUAGUCACUGUAAACAAGGUACAGUUUUAAACCUAAGAUUUUAACCAAAGUGAAAGGACCUAUCACAAUGUACACAGAUCACUCGGCUUUAAAAGAUCCAAUUUAUCCUGACAACAAAGUUAACAUGUACUUAAAAUGAAUUAUUCUUAAUAAAAUUCCCUCCAAAUUAUUAGUGGAUUAAAGGCUAUAUAAUUGAUUUGGCAAAAUUUUGUCUCUUUUUUUCAAUCCAAAUGAGAUACUUUAUUUUCUGGACAUAGCAAUGGAACACUACGUUUACUCUAGAAUAUCAAAAUUACUGCAUGCCAGUAAUUGAUUUUCUCUUCAAUGAUUCUUCUCAGUUGAUUUCUUUUUAUCACUUGUUUUAUUACAUAUAUUAAAAUAUGCUUUUCAAAUGAAAAUAGGUGUUAAGAAAAAAAAAUGCUUACAAACAAACAUCACUGAUCUCCUCCUAUCCCUUAAACAUUCAGCUUAUGAAUGUAGCUGAACUAAGCCUGAAAUCUCAUCAUCUAGACUGAAAAAUUUCUCUGACCUUGAGAUCCUUGAAUUAUUCUAAAUUUCUAGGUUGGCAAAGGGUCUGUUUGCAGUUUGUUGAUUUCAAAACUGGUUGUCAUAUGUAGUCGCAUCAAACUCUCACUGUGGAAGAUGCUGGGAAAAACUGAGGUGUCACUGAAGUGUCUCUGGAAGACCCUAAAAUAUGGGCAUUAAAGCCAGCCAUGACACGGCAUGGUGAAGAACACUGUGCAUUCUUAUUUAAGAUCCAAAAUAGGCCAUUUUGCUGGACUCAAGUCAUCAAGCCUUUAAGGGUCUUCAGUGAACUUCUAAAAGGCAUAUUUUAUUCUAUUUUCUUAUUUAAAUAGUUUUUUAAAGCUGUGGUUUUUCAAAAUUGAACCUAAAGCAAACUGAGAGUAUUGUUUUUAAUCUGGCUAUAAAAUCUAUAGGAAUUGAGCCAGAGGGUCUGUUUCCUGAGACUUCUACUAGUUUCCAGAGAGCAGAAGCUGGAAGUCUUUCUAGGUCAAGAUACUCACUACUGAGUCUCCAGAGCUGCUCUGUCACCACUCUGCAUGCUACAGAUGGUCUGAAGUCAUCAGGGCUCAAAUUUCCCAAAUAGAGAAUGAUAAGUGCUAUUAUAAAUAGCCUUCUGCCCCUGAGUCAGUGACACAUCUGAUCACAAGUCAGGGCUGCCCCAGCAGCUGGUCAGUAGCCUGCCCAGCUACAUAUACUUAUAAAGGCCGAAAGAUCUAUCUGCAGUGUUCCCCACUGGUACUUAAUAGACCGUUUGGCAUACGCCAUAGAAAUUCUGAGAAGACCAAAAGUUAGUAGCAAAUAUACACUUUAAAUAAGAAAGAAAAGUAAGUGAACCAAGGGUGUUUAGCAAACUUUUCAUGUUUGCACCUUUUUCUGGAAGAACGAUAAAUCAUUAAAAAUAUAUCUCCUGAACUAUUGCACAUCAGAGAGGCAAUACAAGAAUUACAAAAACCAAAACCCCAAAAUCCCUCAGAUCCCACUUUGAUGAUUGUGCUGCCUGGAUUGGGAAUAAUGUGGAAAGGUUUGUCAAAGCAACAAAGGCAGCCUCUGCUUUAUAAAGCAUGAUUGACAAAGGCUAGGGUAGAUGAAGGAUGGAGAUUAUGAGGAAUGUUCUCUUUGAUCCUUUUAUUGCUAAAAAGUAUACUCACAGAAUUAACUAUCCAGGCACCCAAUAUAGCCAAAGUCAAAUUUCCUACUUUUAAGUGAACUAAUUUGAUCAUAAAGCGCUUACUAAGUUGCAAGAUACAGAGCAAUGGAGAGGGUGGGGAGGAGAUCCAGAGAGACCCAACUGCACUCACACUUGAGAAAGAGGGAAGGUAAGAAGUUAGGCUUUGUAUUUCAAUUCUGUUCCAUUUCUUUCAAAAUAAGUGAAUAUAUAAUAUACAAAUGGAUAUGAAAUAAAUUAUUUCAGGAAAUCUUGAAUUUAGGAAUAGGUCACAUCCAUCUCUCUGACCCUAGCCCAGCACAAUUCUAGGCAUUUAAUAGGUUCUACUAAAUGGCUGCUAGACUAAAAAUAGUUGUUUUAAAAUAUUUUAAAAAUUAUAUGUAACAUAAGCAGUCAGCAGUGUAUUCUUUACUUGGGAAGACUUCUACCUUCUGCCUCUAGGAAAUGGCAAGAAUCACAUGUAAGAAACCGUCUAGGACAGUUUCUAUGAUUUUUACAGCCAGGUUAGAAACCAUACCUUCAAAUCGCUUUAGAGUCAAGAAACCACAGCUUCAAACACUGUUCAAAUGAGAAAGGAUAAGAAAAUAUGCCUACAAGUCUACUUUAGAAAUGUAAGCCACUUAAAGGCCACUGAAGAGCAGGGGGUUUGUGUCCUGCAAAUGGCAUGUAUAUUCAUAAGUAAAAGAGGCUCAAAGAGAAGUAAACCUCUAAGGGAAGCUGAAAUGGCUCUUUCCCUUGUUUUAUUUUUUUGAUUGGGUAUGCAGAUUAGCACUUAAGGUCAUAGUGAAAGAGCACGGAACUAUGGAUUUGCACUUCAUUCUUCCCCUUGACGACCUUGUCAAAAGAAUGGGUGUGAGAGGCUGAGCAGCCUCACCAUGGAACACAUUGCAGAAAGAUUUCUGAGGAAGACAAAGCAAAUUAACUUUUGUAAUCAAAGUUGAUCCAUUAAAAUUUGUCAUUCAUCUUCCUUAAUAGCUUGGGCAAUAAUGCAGCAAUUAAUCUUCUCUAAUUUCAACAAGUGCCAAACAGAAAUAAAAGCAUUAAUCAUUUUGUCUUAAGUGAAACCAGGGAACCAAUAGUGAAUGAGCUGUGUCACAUUUUGUGUUCUCCAGUAAUCCUACUUAAAAUUUUGUCAUUUCUUUCUGUUUAUAUUUUGUUCAGUUACAAGAGAUAUCUUAUAAUUCAGCAAAAAUUAUCUUUUUUCUUCAUUAUUCUUGGUUUCUUAUAAUUUAAGUUCUAACUUUGGUUUUUAAUAAUUUAAUCCUUAAUAAUUUAAGUUUUAAUUUUUUAAAAAAGCCUCACUCUGUAAGGAUAGUUUUCUUCCUCUUCCCUGCUCCUUUCUUUAGAUUCUAAACUGAUUUUACCUUGAAGAGCAGGAAAAGGCUCAACUGAAAAAGAGACCUAGCAAUGGUGAGCUCUACUCUUUCCCAGUACCCCUUCUCUCCAUGUCACAAAGUUGUUCUAUACCUCGUCCUAUAUGCUAACUACCUAGAGAUGCCUUUUUAAUUCAGUCUAGCUCAGAUCACUCUAAGAUUUUCUGCUUGUGUAUAGCACCUUAGGUAUUCUAGGUAUUCAAGUACCUCAUUUACUCAUUCAAUUAGUUGUCUUUUUAUACAAAUAGUUUCCAAAAAGGCCUUCGGGAACACUAAAGGAAUUUGGAAAUGCUGUAAGUGGACCAGGGAGGGUGAUAUAAAGAUUAUUUUUGGCAAUGCUCCUCCUUGAACCCAUUUCAGCUUCCCUCCUACCUCUGGGGAAGUCAAGCAACCUGCUCAGGCUGCCCAGUCUUAGUCACACCUUCCUUACUGAUGUUAACAUUUUUAAAGGUGGCAGGGAAUUGUGGAGGUGGUGGUGGUUUUUAAACAAAGAAAUACUUUGCCAGAGGUUGAGUCAGUGGCAACAGUGGCUCACACCAGGCAUUGCCAGGACCCCUUCCAGUAAGACCAACACCUUCUCUGCCUGACCCAGUAGACACUGACAAGGCUUCAGGAGGAACUAGGGCUUACAAGUAGCUCCACUGUUCAUUUAUUUGAACCUUUCCCCAUGUUACUACCUGCUACUCUUCCACCGUCUGUCUUCCCCAUCCUUUUUAACCAUCCUUUAUCUUAUUCCCACUAAUUUCGAUAUUCUUCUGAACCCCUCCUCCUUCCCUCAUUACUUCUCAGAUAUCUUAACAAGAGAAAGUCACAGCUUUUGAAACUGGAGAGUAGACUGCAUUUUCACAUGGUAUACAGAUAUCCAUGUGAAAAUAUGUACUGACUGAAUGAAGGAGGGAAAAUGCCUGCAUCAACUUAAUUCCUCUAAGUCUAUCCUCCUCUGAGGUUGCUCUGCCACUUAGGACCUUUCAGUAACUUGCAACCAACUGAAACAUUUCAAGAAUAUUAUCUGCUGGUCACAGUGACAGCAAAAAAAAAAAUUAAUAAGAAGCUUUAAGGACCAGACAACUAUUCUGGCCAAUAUUUUCAACAAGCCAGAAAAUCUUUCAAUAUGGAAAACUUGAACCCUAUAUGAUUAUGGAAUAAGUAGAAAAUAACUCUAAUACUUAGCAAUUGACUUUCCAAACAAAACAAACAUGAAAAAGUGAUGGAGCUCCUGAAUUUUCACAGAACUAAAUUUUUCUCAGAAAAUGAAUACAGUAGAUUAAAAUGGUCCAGUCAGAAACACUUAGCUGCCAUUAAGAAAGGAUUUUCCAAAAACAAAUUAAAUGAAGAUAAAUAAAAGGUACUCUUCCAAACCCAUUUAAGACAUAGUCAUAAACUUUUUCACUAAAACUUAUUUUUAAAAUGUGUAGAUCUAUAGACUUCUAGAACAGAAAAAGGCAAUGGAGAUUAUAAAGGGAGACAAUAGUUCAAACUCACAGAGCUCAGAUUGAAAAGAGCCAGAAUGCAAACUUUCUUUCAGCCCACUUUUCAUCCCACUCUACACAUUACAUCCCUGCUCAACAUGACUUUGCUUAAUGUUCAAAUGCUGGAAACUUUGACAACAAAAGCCUUCAUCAUAAAGCUUCUAAGCUAGGCGAUGAAAAUAGGUUACAUACAAACACACACGUACACACACACAUAUAUAUGACCUACAUUUGAGUGUAAUCACAUCUCAGUAUAACCCAAAGGGAGAGGCAGGUUUGGCAAAAUCAUUGGAUUGAGAGCCAGGCUUUCCAAUGAACUCAUUAUGUGACAUUACUCAAAUCAUUUACUCUCUUAGUGCCCUCUUGGAUCUCUAAGGUUUCUUCCUGAUCUAAUAUUUUAUGCUACUCUAAGAUAACUCAUACCCACCCACAACGGUAAAGUGUGCUUUUCAAAAAUCAGGCUUGUUUUUUUUUUUUUUUGAGACAGAGUUUCAUUCUUGUUACCCAGGCUGGAGUGCAAUGGCGUGAUCUCGGGUCACCGCAACCUCCGCCUCCUGGGUUCAGGCAAUUCUCCUGCCUCAGCCUCCCAAGUAGCUGGGAUUACAGGCACGCACCACUGUGCCCAGCUAAUUUUUUGUAUUUUUAGUAGAGACGGGGUUUCACCAUGUUGACCAGGAUGGUCUCAAUCUCUUGACCUCGUGAUCCACCCGCCUCGGCCUCCCAAAGUGCUGGGAUUACAGGUGUGAGCCACCGCGCCCGGCCCCAAAAAUCUGGCUUUUAGAGGAACAAGGAAAGUUUCUCAGUUCAAAAAGCCAGGAGUUGUCUUGAUGUCCCUCUUUCACCCACACAGCAAUUAUCUAAGUCUUCCUUCCAGGCAUCUUUGGCAUAGAAUUGCCUAGCAUUUCCAUUUCCCCCUUUCUCUUCUCAAAGCCAGAAGCCUUCCAAUGGCCUACACAGCCUAUGUGUUAUGGCUCCCCACUUCCUCCCUUACUUCACCUACUGCCUCUCCUUCCUUCCUGGCCCUCUGCCAUGCUGAUCUUGCUGAGCCUCACACAUGACAGCCAAGUAUCCACCUCAGGGCCUACGCACUUGCUGUUCUCAUUUAUUCACCUCCUUUAGGUCUCUGCUCAAAUAUCUCUUCCGCAAUGCGGCUGUCUUCAGCCGCUCCAUACAAAGAGUACCCACCCAACCCUGUAUUUCUUCCGAUUUUUUCCAUAGCACUUAUCACUACCAUUCAAAUUAUUUUUAAUUGUCAUUUCUCUCUUUCCCCACGAGAAUGUAAGCUUCACGAGAACAAGUACAGGUUGACCACUCUAGGAAGAGAAAGUUCAUUUGAGAAUUCCAGGAAGCUAGCAAACACCUUUCACUGCUUUUCAAGUGAGAUUCAAACCAUCCCACUUCCUUCCAGGCAAAGACAUUUCUUUCUGAUCUCUGCAAAAAUAAUUCCACUUCCUCUUAUUUCCAGAACCGAACAAUAUUUGUUCCUUCCAUAUACUAGGCCCUUGAUAUUUUCAGAAAAGAGUACUUAAAUGAAAUAAGCUGGGAAAGGCUUUUGAAAAUUAGUGAGCAAGCAUGUCAGCAGAUCUUCCUCAAUGCUGUGGUCAAGUCUCUUGACAAGCUGGGUUACACAGGCCAUUUGUGAUCACUGGAGUUACUCGGUUUAAAUUUUUCAGGCUGGGAGUGUGGCAAUGAGUGAAGCAAGCCACAGGUGCCAAGUGGUUAAUUACAUUUCAUUACUAAUUGUAGUGUAGCAUUGUGUUCUCACAGUGAAAUAACAUCUAACAUUUGAGAGCUCUCCAGUUUCCUUUCAGUUCUCCCAAGAUCACUGAGCUCCUUUCUGCAUAAGAGGACUAACUCUAUUAUCUCCAUUCCUUCACAAUUUUAACAAAGUUGUUUUUAGGCUUUGUGAAAGAGUUUCCUCUUUACAGUUCUGCCUCAAUUAAGCAUUUAUCACCUGGGCUUUCUUCAGCCCUUAUUUCCUCAAAUUACCUAAACUAAAUCUGGAAGGCAGGAAAUGCUGGCUUUCUGGGUGAUUCCUUAAGCAAUUCCAUCCCCACACACUCCCAUCAAGCUUGAGAUCCUCUGUCAGUUUUCUCUCUUAAUUAGGACACUGGCAGAGCAGCAGUAUAAUAAAAUAAAGCAUGAGAAAGUUAACAGGGCCCAGCUCUGAGCAAAGCUACCAUCCUGAAAGGCUUAAUCAUCCAAAGAUGGAAAGGUCUUUCUCAUGAUAUAAAGAGCUGACUUCAAACUGACUCCAAACCGAGAACCUCAUAAAAUCAUGGGGACAGGUCUCAGAUCUUUCAUCCUACAGAUAUUUAGCAGGGAACAAGUUUAGCUCUAUAUCAUGGGAGACCCCUCAUAUAGAAAGUGGGGAACAAUCUUAAUUCUAAUAGAUUAUGAAAUGUUACAUUUUUUCCAUUAAUUUAAACAAUAUUAUUUGGUGGCAUCCCUUGGCCCCCACCAGGCUCUCUCACCGACAGAUGUCCACCAGCUGGUCCAGCUCAGGGCAGCUGCACUCAUACAUGUCCCGGCAGCUCAUGUGGCUCUGGUUCAUCAACUCUCCUAGCAGCUGGACCAUGUUUUCAGGUGCUUCUUCACAUAUCUUCUUAAACUGGAGGACUCGUGCAGCCUCGCUGUAAACAUGCUUUGCCCGCUGAUAGAGUUUGAAGAUGAGCACUAAGCAGGUGGGGAAGGAGAUUAGGAAUAGUUACUAGACAGCCAAGUAUAAAUAAAAAUAUAUUUUUGAAGAUUUUCAUUUCUGUUUUCAUUAACAAUACCUUAAACUUUAAAUAGGUCUCUCACUGAAAGAGUUCUUUCCAUUGAAAUGUGUCUAUUUGCAUGUGUCUAUUUGUAAGUCAGUUUUACUUUUUUCUUGAUACUGAAUAAAAUCUCUUAACUAUAUUUCCUUUUUUUUUUUUGAGACGGAGUCUCACUGUUGUUACCCAGACUGGAGUGCAAUGGCACGAUCUCAGCUCACCACAACCUCCGCCUUCUGGGUUCAAGCAAUUCUCCUGCCUCAGCCUCCUGAGUAGCUUGGACUACAGGUGCGCACCACCAUACCCAGCUGAUUUUUGUAUUUUUAGUAGAAACGGGGUUUCACCUUGUUGACCAGGAUGGUCUCGAUCUCUUGACCUUGUGAUCCACCCGCCUCGGCCUCCCAAAGUGCUGGGAUUAUAGGCGUGAGCCACCGCACCCGGCCAACUAUAUUUCCUUAACUUCACUCAGCACAGAUGUGCAUAUACUUGUGUGCAAUCUAAUCCAUCCCAAAAGAAAGGAGAUGUAACAUGUAUUAAACACACCCUACAUGCCAGACACAGUGGCUCACGCCCGUAAUUCCAGCACCUUGGGAGGCUGAGAUGGGUGGAUCACCUGAGGUCAGGAGUUUGAGACCAGCCUGACCAACAUAGUGAAAAUAUGUCUCUAUUAAAAAUACAAAAAUUAGUUGGGUGUGCUGGUGGGCACCUGUAAUCCUAGCUACUUGGGAGAAGAAUUUCUUGAACCUAGGAGGUGGAGGUUACAGUGAGCCAAGAUUGCACCAUUACACUCCAGCCUGGAUGAUAGAGCAAGACUCUGUCUCAAAAAAAACACAAAAAGUGCUACCUCAUGUAGUUCUCAUCACAGCACUGAGGGAUGUGCAGUAUGAUCCCUGUUAACAGAAAAGAGAAGCUGGCUCAGUAGAGUGAAGUGACAUGCUUAAGGUCACACAUCCUGAAUGUUGUGGAAGCCAAACAGAUCAUGGAUGCCUGGCUCUAGAGCCACGUUCUUUGCACUAUGCCCCAACAAAAAGGACCACUGAGAAUUCUUAUGGUGGCAAUUUUUAAUAAAAACCAUCAUUCUCAGCAAACUAACAUAUGAACAGAAAACCAAAAACUGCAUGUUCUCACUCAUAAGUGGAAGUUGAACAAUGAGAACGCAUGGACACAGGGAGGGGAAUAUUACACACCGGGGCCUGUCAGGGGUUAGGGUCUAGGGGAGGGAUAGCAUUAGGAGAAAUACCUAAUGUAGAUACCUAAUGUAGAUGACAGGUUGAUGGGUGCAGCAAACCACCAUGGCACGUGUAUACCUGUGUAACAAACCUGCACAUUCUGCAUAUGUAUCCUAGAACUUAAAGUAUAAAAAAAAUUUUAAUGUAUCCUAAAGGAACAGAUAAACACAAUUAUUUAUAUGGGAUAUAUAAUAUUUAUAUAUGUACCUGUACAUAUACUGCAGCAUUGUUUAUUAUAGAAGAAAAUAAGAAACCACUCAACUAUCUAAUUACAGAGGACUUUAAAAAAUUAUACUGGCCAGGUGCAGUGGCUCAUUAUACCAGCCAGCUGUGGUGGCUCACACCUGUAAUCCCAGCACUUUGGGAGGCUGAGGUGUGUGGAUCACAAGGUCAGGAGAUUGAGACUAUCCUGGCCAACAUGGUGAAACCCUGUCUCUACUAAAAAUACAAAAAUUAGCUGGGCAUGGUUGCACACACCUGUAGUCCCAGCAACUCGGGAGGCUGAGGCAGGAGAAUCACUUGAAACUGGGAGGCGGAGGUUGCAAUGAGCCAAGAUUGUGCCACUGCACUCCAGCCUGUCAACAGAGCGAGACUCCAUCUCAAAAAAAAAUUAAUUUUUGAAAUAUUACUGCUAUUAAAACUCAGAUUCUAAGGCAAUUUGAUGCAUAGGAAAUUAUCCAUUAUUAAAUGAAAAUAAAACAAAACUAUAUGUACAAUUGAUAACUCAUUUUGCAUACACAUAUACACAUAUUUAUGUACAUUUUAAUUUUAGAAACUGAUAGGAAAGCACUAAAAUGUUAAUAGUUAUCUCCGUGGUCCCUUAUGGGUGACACACACUUGUAUUUUCCAGAUUACCCACAAUGACUCUGUAAUUUCAGCUAUACAAACGUGGCCUAUUGCAAUGGCUAUGUCUAUAAUAUUUACACAUUCCUGUGAAUAACAACUGAGACUUUCUUACCAUUUUCACCCAUGCUGAAUAGUGGCUGAGCUGGUAUGGUGGGUCUGGGAAAAUUUUGGAAAAUUUAUGCAAAUUCCCAGGCCUAGGGAAUAGAGACAGGGCUAAAAAUCAAAAAGUCUAAUUUCUUAACAGCUCUGUGACAACUAGCUGUACACAAAUUGCCACCUUUAUAAGGCCCUGUUUAUAUUCUAACCUCUAAAAUGAGGUGGAAAAUCACUCCUCAGGAUCCUUCCAGCCCUAACAUUUUAUAAUUCUACGAAGGGCUUCUCCCAAGAGCAUCUGUCCUUCAACAUUCCCCCCAUAUUGUUAUACCUCAUAAAGAAGAUGCUGUUACUGGUAGUUUUUGUUAACACUCCCAGUUCUACUCUCUGCCCCUUUCCACCCUACUAUCAGCCCCAAAGGCUGACCUGUAUAGUCCAUACCAGUGAGUCCCUUGCCAUCUAGAUUUGAGAACAGGAAAAGGUCAGCAGCAGAAGGGAGGGAAGAGAGUGAGGUCAGAGGAUUUAUUCCCUGGCUCCUCCCUUGCAGAGCCAUUUAGAGAUGGCACAGUCCCUGCACUGAAGGACACUGAACAUCCUUCAAAAUCUCCUUUUCUAUAUGACUCUCUCCUCCUGAGUCUGCCUCCAGGUUCCUCUCCUCUAAACUAUGAUUACUUUUUCAGAAGCACUUUUAUAUUUCUACUAAUGAGCCAAUAAAUCAAGUUUCAGGUUACAUUUUCUCCCCUCCACAGGACUGUCCUUAUAACUCUUAUUUUUUAUAUAACCACUAUAUCAUUAUCAUACCUAACAAAAUUACCAGUGGUUCCUUAAUACUGUCUCAUAUUUAGUCCAUAUUUAAACUUUCCCAAUUGUCCACCAGUGUAAAUUUCAAUUGGUUUACACCAAGAUCCAAACAGAUUUCACACAUUAUAUUCAGUUGUUAUGUCUAGUAAGUUUCUUUUAAUCAAUCAAGAAUUUAGUGGUUUAGUGAUUUUUGAUACUCGGGAUUUUCAGUAUCCUAUCCAAGCACAUUUUAGGGCCAUAUUCUAUAAUAAAACUCAAUAUAGUCCAUUAGGGAGAGUACAUUUUGGUUUUCCUUUAGGAUUACAUGUUUCUUUAGAAUGAAGUAUUUUCUUUUGGGAUUAAAUAUUUUAAAAUAGAAACUAUCCAGAGAGAUAUAUUCUAUUAAACCAAGGACUGGUGCUUUGAUUUUGACAAAAAACAUUCACAAUACACCCAGAAGACUACCAGAACCUCACAAUCCUGGCACCUUCCUGCAUCUGUUCUCUUCUUGCAAAGGAAGUGUUUCACAGCAAGACUUCUGAAUAGGAAUGUCUAAUGGGACUCUUGCUGGGCAUUCUGAAGGUUCAUGAGAGAUUGCCAUGACUUGCAAUCUCCUGAACGGUAGUAACUCAGACAACAAGGGAAAGGGCAGAAAGGGCAUCUGUUUUCAAUUGUGAUAUAAAAAUCUUGCCAAAAGCCUCAACAGAUUUGGAGACCACCCUGUGGGUGGGAAAGCAGUUCUGUGUUGGCUGAAUGUCACAAAUGCUCUCUGGAUCCAGAGUUCUGGCUUGUUAUGUGCUGGCAACUCAUCCGGUUUCUGUUAUACAGAUACCAGAAAAAUCCAAGCUUUAUCCAUAACAGCUUUCUUCCCUGUCCAGCUAACAUUAUAGCCGGAUGUUCCAGCUGUCUAUAAGCUCUUAUAAUCCUUGAGAGCAAUUAUUACAUUAAAGGAUGAAGGAAGCUGUUUCUUACUAUGUUCAUUGCAUGCAUGAUUACUUCCAAGGCAAAUUCAAUUUAAGAAUAUAACACUAGAAGAUAUUUUACUCUAAUACUAUUAAUGGCCUAUCCUAUUCAUAAGAAAUCCAAGACUUCAAAGUAGGAUAUACGGCAUAGUCUUCAGAACACUGAUUUUCUCCAGUGUGAAUCUUACGUACUUACUUAAUUUAAUCAUGAAAUCAUGGCACAGAUUCUGAAAUCUAAAUGCUCAUGGUCAUAUACACUUAAACUGCAAAAUAAGUAUUUCAUUUUGCUGCUAAUAACUUUGACUUCUAUAAUAAAUUCUAUUGGCUAGCUCUAAAACGUCUUUCUGACUAGCCUCCUAGCUGUGCUUCCAACACACCAUGUGGCUCCUACCAUUUGCCCGUGGCAGUAGCUCUUUUGUUGUCCUGAAAUGCUCUUCCCCAUGAUCUUCACGUGGCUGGUUCCUUCUUGUCAUUCAAGACUCAGAUGUCACAGCUUCAAAGAGACUCAAAUCUAAUCUGCAGUAGCCCCCCCACAUAUAUAUUUUCUCCAUCCUAUUUUAUGCUCCCAACACUUAUCACCAUCCAAUAUUUUCCUGUGUGUUCAUUUAUUCAUUUUUUUGUGGUUGUCUCCUACCACUGGAAGCUCAGCUCCAAGAAAGCAAGGGCCUUGUCUAAUUUCUUCACAACUAUCUCCAUUAGCUAAAAUAGGAUCUGGCACUUAGUAGGGGUUCAAUAAAUGAUUUUUGAAUGAAUGAUUCAGAUCCCUCUUGUAACAAAACUGCACUGAAACUAGGCUAAAUAAACAGUAGUGAGACAAGUACAAUAUGGAAUAUAAAGAAGACUAUUAUUUUGACAAUUUAUACUCACUAGCAUCCUCACCAAAAAGUGAGGAAAGUUUUCUAACAUAAAGUUGGAAACAAUUAGUAAACUUCAGUGCUCAAAGUAUACCCUAAUACUCAUUAUCAGAGAUGACUGAGAAUUGUUUAUAUUGUAUUUUGCUUUACAGAUGUGAGAGAGAAGAGAUUUCAAAAACAAACAAAAUGUGUUUCAAAUAAAAGAGAAAGAAUAUAAAAAUAGAUAAUAAACAGUUCAAAUUAGUUUUUUUUUUCUUUUAGGCAAUCUUUGUAACAAAGAGUUGCCUAUUAACUUUUUCCUUUAAAAGAUGGUUACAUAGUUUAUGAUCAGAACCCAUCUCUAAUCAAGGAAUCUAAAUCAGGGCACUGAUUAGAUUAAAUUAUUAAUCUAAAUAAUUGGUUAUUUUCUGGUGGGAAAGGGUGAGAAAAAGCCUUUGACAGGUGAGGCACACUGAGCACCAUUUUAAGCUCUGAGGACAGCAGGUCAACAGUAGAUAGAGGACAUGUCUAACUCAUCUCUCAGAGUCCAACUGAUUUAAAUUUAACCUCUGCAUGCAAGAGCUAGUGGCCUCUCCUUUAUUACCUCAUCUUCUGCUAAGAGCAAUGCCAAAAGCACUGAGUCAUCUGAAAGAGCUUCACUAAUUUUUUUUUUUUUUUUUUGAGACAGAGUUUCACUCUUGUUACCCAGGCUGGAGUGCAAUGGUGCGAUCUUAGCUCACCGCAACCUCUACCUCCUGGAUUCAAGCAAUUCUCCUCCCUCAGCCUCCUGAGUAGCUGAGCUUCACUGACUUAAUUUUAAAUUCUCCAUGCAAGAGCUGGUGGCCUUUCCUUAUUACCUCAUCUUCCACUAAGAGUGAUGCUGUAAGCACUGAGUAUGAUAGUCAUCUAUCAUACUCAUCUAGCAACAGUUAACCAAUAGUUCUUGUUAAGCACCUGCUGUGCAUCCAAUAGCAUGCUCCAAAUGACAGAAAAGCCACAUGAAGUAGAACCUGUGCUUUAAGUAACUUACAGCUUCGUUACACAGAUAAGACAAACUGUGACAUCACUGGAUGGUGAGCAAUUGCAGCAGACAUCCCAGUGCUGGAAAUGCUGAAGGUGCGCUAAGAAGAUUGGGCUUGCUGGGGGAAGACCAGUAGUGGGACAUGUCACAGGAGAGAGGGGUCUGAGCCAUACAGUGUCCCUGCUGUGAAGAGAGAAUGGCCAAAGGCCCUAGGUGGGAACAGGCAGAGUGUGGUCAUGGGCCUGAAGAGAGCAAGCUGACCAGAAUCUGGCUCUCUAGAAAGCCAUCUCACAUAUUGUUUUCCAUAAUGGCUGUACUAAUUUACAUUCUCACCAACAGUGUAGAAGAGUUUCCUUUUCUCUGUAUCCUCACCAGCUUUUGUUAUUUUUUGUCUUUUUGAUAGUAGCCAUUCUACUAUUAUCAAAGGUGAGAUGAUAUCUCAUGGUGGCUUUGAUUUGCAUUUCCCUGAUAAUUAGUGAUAUUAAGCAUUUUUUCAUAUACCUAUUGGCCAUUUACAUGUCUUCUUUUGAGAAAUUGCUAUUCAGACUCUUUGUCCAUUUUUUAAUUGGAUUCUUUUUUUGUUGUUGAGUUGAGUUCUUUGUAUAUUCUGGAUAUUAGUUCCUUCUUAGAUAAGUAGUUUGUAGGUAUUCUCUCCCAUUCUGGAGGUUCACUCUGUUGAUAGGUUUCCUUCACUCUGUUGAUAGGUUUCCUUUGCUGUACAGAACCUUUUUCGUUUCAUGUUGUCCUAUUUGUCUAUUUUGGUUGUUUUCACUGGCGAUUUUGUAGUCUGCCACCUGCCCCCUGCAGCAGGGAAAUACCACUAUGAGUCUUCUCUCCAGAGCAACCUUCCAAGUUCCAACACAUGAUCAAAUUUCCAGUCUCCUUCACCUGUUUAUUCUUCCAAAUACACAUUAAUCUGUGCAUGCCCUUCUUGAAGGGUGGUUCCCAGGUCUGAAUGCAGUUCUGGAUGUCAGUCUGAUGACUACAAGGGAGCAUCAUCUCCCUCAUUCUUUAUGCAGCAAGUUUUUCCAUGUAGCCGCAUAUCACCAAACUACAUAAGGUUUAUAAUUACAGAUGAAUGUAGAGCAUUGGUUUUCAGCUAACAAGCUAAAAAGUGAUAAGUAUUCUAGAAUAUUUUAUUACCUUGAAUGAAGACUAUCUCAGGAUAAUUAAUCAUAGUGAAUAAAUAUGCUGGUCGGAGAGAACUGGAAAUUUUAUUAUGUAAGUGUAUAAUUAAUCUUUCUGAGACUUUUCCCUUUCCCACUGUUUGGGUAGGGGCUAAAAGUAGUUGUGGCUGUAGCUGCCUGUGCACAAUCAUAUAACUACACAUUACUGGUCAAUUUCUCUAAUAAAUCACAACUCCACUAGGCUAAACCAGUUGGUUUCCAAGAAGAGCAAUCCAGAGGUGGAUGAGGAAAACCACUUCAGAAACCACCUAGAUAUGUCCCUAUUCUCAAGGUGUUUACACUAUAACUGGUAAUACCCUGAAAGAAUAAUCAAGAUGAUGCUAUUUCACAGCACUCCAUGAUUACAAAUGUGCUUAUAUAGCUCUCCAAAAGCCAGUUGGGAAGUGAAUGCAAACAGGUGUGUGUUUGUGGUUUCUCUGCAUUUGUGUUUAUGUGCUUCCAUAAGCAACCUUCCCCCCUUUAUAAGAUUCUUUUUCCCAUUUUCUUUUCAUAUGACCCUUUCCCUCAUGAUCUUCAUCCUCUCUGUCCCAUUUCCCUUUUUAGGCUAAAAGAGAAAUGAAGCAUAUAUCUUAGUAUUUCCUGUGUUAAUUAAGUAGACUUUCAUAUUGCUUCUUCUUAGAACAUUUUAUAACUUCUAAUUAAAAGACUAAAUUAUAUUGCUUUCCUAUGUAGGUGGUCUCUGGUCCUUUUUACUGUUCCAUCAGUGGCCCUUGACAGAAUAAUGCUUUCCCAAUAUUACAGAAGUCCUAAGGGACUAAGGGUGUUAAUCUUUGUGGUCUCUCCCAUUCUAAUCCUUUCUAAAGACAAAACAAGAAACCAUUUUCCUUGAACAUUUUCUAAAAAACUAUGGAACAUCUCUACCCUGAAUGUAGAGUGGUGGCAUCAUAAUAUUUUCAUCUGAAACCUGCAGCAUGAAGGAUGAUCAAAUGCGACCUCAUAUGGUUAAAUUGUUAAUGUCUAUACACAAACAAUAGGUCAUAAUUUUUGUUGUGAUUCCUAUUGAUAUUUGGCAAUAACCUGCUAAAAGCCACUAGAUCCAUUCAUAGUUACUUCAGCUGACUCUCAUGGAAAUAAAUGGCACAGUAGGUAGAAAGUAGCAGAGAAGUUAAUGAGGCUGAUGGGCAAAAAGAAGAGACCAGGCAGAGAGGGAAAGAAAAAAAGAUUAAUGAAAGCAAAUUUUCCACAAACUGGACUUCCAAAACAACUUAAAGCAUAAUAUCUUUUGUGUGGAAGAAAAAUCAUUAUUAUUUGAUUUAUUCUUUUAUACUUUGUUUCAUAACAGUCUAUUAUUUCAUCUCAUAAAAAUGAAAACAAUAGACAAAACCAAAGGACCCAUUUUAUUGGCUUUGUCAUUAGAAGUCCAUCUCACAGAUUUUAAGUAUUUCUGUUCAACCAACAUCUGUAAACUCUAGAAGGGUAUAUAAUUUCCUUUGGAGUUUCUAACUUUUUAUGGAAAACUUUUCUUCCAAAACAUUUACAAGAACAACAACAGAAUCUGUUGAGAUCACAGUGUUUAGUACCUGAUAUCUUAUAAGCUACAUUUAAAUCAACUUCCUUUAUAAUUGAGAACCCUUAACUGGAUAUUUAAAUUACUAAACAACUGGCCCUUUUACAUUGUAAAGCACCUUUAUACUUUUCUGUUAGAUAAAAACAAACUACUCUUCUUAGACUUAACUUAGAUAAUCUAUGAGAACUGCAUUUUUAUUAAAUGUGAAAAUUUCAUAGCACUUCUCAUGGCUCUUCUAGAACACAACAGCUUAGGCAUAUUAUGGCCAAGUUGAGUUGUUCCUUAAAUAAAGCAAGCUUCUAGAUGCCACAUGGUCUUAUCUCUUCUAAGGCCAAAACACUAGAAUGGGAAAUAGCCAUAAAGGAAACUCUUUGGACAUAAAGUUACCUAUCUUUAUCACUACUCAUUAGUGUUAAGAAAAAAUUUGAUCCAAGCAAAGUCAGAAUUAGAUAUCAUCUCCCAUAAUUGGUGAAGGAUUGCUAAGGGCGGCUUAAAAGUGUGCCAAGAUUUAAAAAGUGAUGGCAAAAGAAGUAUUAGAUGAAAUUAGAAGACUAAGAUUUGGGGUCUGGCUCCAGCUCGUACCACCUGUGUGGUUUUGAAAAAAAUCACUAAACUCUCUCACCUCAGUUUCUUCAUCUGUGAAAUGCAGAUAACCCUGUGCCCUGGGGUUGUUGUGAGAUUCAAAUUAGACAGUAUGUGUAAAGGGUAAUGUGGAAAUCAUAAAGUGUGUAACAAGUUGUUUCGUUCUCUUUUUCUUUACCAUUGAUUCUAGGUGUCUUUUUAAAGAGCAAUCUAUGCCAGUGCUUUGUUCUUUAUUAAAGCCAUGAUUAUCACUCAUGACUCUGGAGAUCAUACAAGGCAAACAAAUGAGUUAAUGAGUCAGGAACUGACCAUCAUGUGGUCACAGCAAAGUUGGUAAUUAAAGCAAUGAAAUUUGGGUCUACCCAGCACAGUAUGGCUAAGCAGCUGGGCCACCCCAACCAGAGCAGUUUGGACACUCCCAAAAGAAAUGCCCCAACAAAUUCCUUCCUUUAUAAGUUAGAAUCUAAACUACCUGAACCGUUCUCUCUACUGCCCAUUUACUUCCUCGCAGAUUCUUCUGUCCUGUAAUGUAUGUUCUUUUCUUUCUUUAUUUAUUUUGAGGCAGAGUCUCGCUCUACAACCUUCACCUCCCAGUCAAGUGAUUCUUCUGCCUCCACCUCCCGAAUAGCUGGGACUACUGGCGCAUGCCACCACGCCCAGCUAAUUUUUGUAUUUUUUUUUUUAGUAGAGACGGAGUUUCACCAUGUUGGUCAGGAUGGUCUCGAUCUCUUGACCUCAUGGUCUGUCCUUCUCUGCCUCCCAAAGUGCUGGGAUUACAGGCGCGAGCCACUGCACCCAGCCUCUAAUGUGUGUUAUUGAGUUAUAUGCUUGAUACUUGUGCCUAUCUCUCCUCACUCUGACCACAGCUUCACAUUUUCUUCUUGAGUCGCACCAUGGGAAACACUCUUCCCAAUUAAGUCUCGCCCCUGAGGCUCCAAGACUCCAGACCACUCUACCAUACCCUUAGACAAUUCCUACCUGUGGGUAAGGCCUGGCACAUAAUCCUGAAACUAUUCCUAGAUAGUUCCUAAACAACAUCUGUUUGUUGUUUAGCCAUUCUAAAGAACAUCUAAAGGAUUGAAGGAUUUUGCUUUGUGUGUGUGUAAUGUGAAAGGCCUCUGAGCAUUUCUAAAACUAAUUAUUAGAAAUUUGGAAACAGAAUAUAAGAAUUGCACAUGGGCCUUUGGAAGUCUGGCUGGUUUAACAGAAGCUUGAAGCCACAGCUUGAUUUUAACAUCUCUCCCUACACUGUCACCUCAAGGUCAGCAUCCUUAAAGAAAGAAAUUCCAACCAAGAGUUUCGUAUCCAGACAAGCUAAGUUUCCUAAGUGAAGAAGACAUAAAUCCUUUUCAGACAAGCAAAGGCUAAGUAAUUUAGUACCAUCAGAACUGCCUUUUAAGAUCCUUAAGGAAGUGUUAACCAUGGAAACAAAAACUGGUACCUGCCACCAAAAAACACACCUAAGUACAUAGCCCACCAGCACUAUUGUAUUAGUCUGUUCUUAUGCUGCUAAUAAGGACAUACCUGAGACUGGGUAAUUUAUAAAGGAAAGAGGUUUAAUUGACAUAGUUCAGCAUGGCUGGGGAG